GGAUGCUUUGAGGCCCGCACGCAGUCUCUGGACUCCCAACGAAUGCCACGCCUGCAAGCACUAUUUAUGGAACACCCCACGAUUAAUGGAAAACGGAAUAUCAUGCCAAAGGAAUACACAGACUGGCAUUAUUUGAUUUAACGUUACGAAAUUUUCCUCCUUGCUCAAGAGGAUUGAGUGUUAAUGGAAUAAAGCAGCAGAUGAAGCAGAACCGGGAAUGGACGGCAAACAGUCCACAAACAACCACAGCAACGUCGGUAAAGAAGACGAAAAAGAGCGAGUAGGUGAGGAAGAAUGGCCGUCUGCACCCAGCGACCUAACGUGACUAACGACUGUCACCAGGGAACUUGAAGUCUGGGCCAGCAUGAUCAUUGACGAGCAGCGGGAAGGGGAGCGAGGCGCAGAGGGACGAGGGAUGUGGGAGGUGUCACCGCCGCCACCUCCCUGUAAGAUGAUGACACCUUCCGAUGAUCCACCUCUGCAGCCUCCAUUUGGUUGCUGCCUCACCAGCUCACUCACUCCUUCUCUGCCAAAAGGAAGAUCUAAGAGCCGGUCGCCUAUAUCCUGUGAGUCUUACUUCCUUAGCUUUUAAGCACCGUCCACUACCAUGCCUGGCCACGUCAAGAAGACCACCGGGCCAGACCCCGACCCCACCGAGUUCCUCUACGUCUCCCUGGAACAGAAGCGCAUCGACCAGACCAAGCCUUAUGAUCCCAAGAAGUCCUGCUGGGUCCCUGAUGAGAAGGAGGGCUUCGUCGAGGGUGAGAUUCAGGGCACCAAGGGAGACCUGGUGACUGUCAUGGCUAAGGGCGAUACCAAAACCCUGAAGAAGGAUCUCGUGCAGCAGGUCAACCCACCCAAGUUCGAAAAAUGCGAGGACAUGUCCAACCUGACCUAUCUGAACGAUGCCUCCGUCCUAUACAACCUGAAGUCUCGCUACAUCACCAGGUUGAUCUACACCUACUCUGGUCUGUUCUGUGUUGUUAUCAACCCCUACAAGCGCUACCCUAUCUACACCAACCGUGUGGUCAAGAUCUACCAGGGCAAGAGGCGUAAUGAGGUGCCUCCUCAUCUGUUCGCCAUCUCUGACGGCGCCUACAACAACAUGUUGCAAGGAGGCCAGAAUCAGUCCAUGUUGAUCACCGGUGAGUCUGGCGCCGGCAAGACCGAGAACACCAAGAAGGUACUCUCCUACUUCGCCAACGUCGGUGCUACCACCAAGAAGAAGGAUGAAGCUAAGAAGCCUAACCUGGAGGACCAGAUCGUGCAGACCAACCCCAUCCUGGAGGCCUUCGGUAACGCCAAGACCGUCCGUAACGACAACUCCUCCCGCUUCGGUAAGUUCAUCCGCAUCCACUUCGGUUCUUCUGGCAAGUUGUCUGGUGGAGACAUUGAAGUCUAUCUGCUGGAGAAGGCUCGUGUCAUCUCCCAGCAGCCUCUUGAGCGAUCCUACCAUAUCUUCUACGAGAUGAUGUCCGACCAGAUCAGCAAUAUGAAAAACCUGUGCGCGCUGAGUAACGAUAUCUAUGAUUACCACUACGUGUCUCAGGGUAAGGUUACCGUGCCUUCCAUUGACGACAAGGAGGACAUGCAGUUCUGUGAGGAAGCCUUCGACAUCCUCGGUUUCAGCCAACAGGACAAGGAGAAUGUGUACAAACUCACUGCAGCCGUCAUGCACUUUGGCGAAAUGAAGUUUAAGCAGAGGGGUCGCGAGGAGCAGGCCGAGCCUGAUGGCCAAGAGGCUGGUGAAAAGGUCGCCCAAAUGAUGUUGCUCGACGCUGCGGAUUUGUACAAGAACAUCACCAAGCCCAAGAUCAAGGUCGGCGCUGAGUUUGUAGCCAAGGGCAUGAACGUUGACCAGUGCUACUACUCAGUGGGCGCCAUGGCCAAAGCUAUCUACGACCGUGUGUUCCGCUGGUUGGUGACCAAGUGUAACGAAACUCUCGAGACUGGCCUCAAGCGCGUCUACUUCAUUGGUGUGCUUGACAUUGCUGGCUUCGAGAUCUUUGAGUUCAACGGCUUCGAGCAGAUCUGCAUCAACUUCUGUAAUGAGAAGCUGCAGCAGUUCUUCAACCACCACAUGUUCGUGCUGGAACAGGAAGAAUACAAGAGGGAAGGAAUCAACUGGGUGUUCGUGGACUUCGGUAUGGAUCUGCAGGCCUGCAUUGAUCUCUUCGAAAAGAAAAUGGGUCUGCUGUCCAUCCUGGAAGAAGAGUCUAUGUUCCCCAAGGCCACUGACAAGUCCUUCCUCGAGAAACUGAACUCCAACCAUCUUGGCAAGACUGCUGUCUUCAUCAAGCCCAAGCCAGUGAAGGGCGGCCCGGAGUCCCACUUCGCCAUCGUUCACUAUGCUGGUACGGUGAAUUACAACCUGGCUGGCUGGCUAGAGAAGAACAAGGAUCCCCUCAACGAUACUCUUGUCGACCAGAUCAAGAAGUCCGAAAAUGAACUUGCUGUGAUCAUCUUCGCUGAGCAUCCUGGACAAUCUGGAACCGAUGACAAGAAGGGUGGUCGUGGUCAGAAGUCCGGUGCCUUCAAGACUGUCUCCUCUGGCUACAGGGAGCAGCUUAACAACCUGAUGAGGACCCUGAACGCCACUCAUCCUCACUUCAUCCGUUGUAUUGUGCCCAACGAGACCAAGUCCCCAGGUGUCAUUGACGCGGCUUUGGUUAUGCAUCAACUGACCUGCAACGGUGUGCUUGAAGGUAUCCGUAUCUGCCGCAAGGGCUUCCCCAACAGGAUUCCCUACAAGGACUUCAGGCACCGCUACAAGAUCCUUGCCCCCAAGGAGAUGGAUAAGGCCGAGAGCGACACGGAGUGCGCCACUGUCUGUCUUACGAAGGCGGGAUUGAGCGAGGAACUCUUCCGCACUGGCAAAACGAAGGUGUUCUUCCGUGCUGGUGCCCUGGGUACUCUGGAGGAGAUCCGAGACGACACUUUGGCCAAGCUAGUGACCUUCUUGCAGGCAUGGGUUCGAGGAUAUGUGUCUCGUAAGCAUUACCAAAAGCUUCAGGAGCAGCGAGUUGCACUCAUCGUGGUGCAGCGCAACCUGAGAAAGUUCCUCAAGAUGCGCACCUGGAAGUGGUUCAACCUCUGGCAGAGGGUCAAGCCCCUCCUCAAUGUCACCCGUAUCGAGGACGAGAUUAAAGCCCUGGAGGAGAAGGCUGCCAAGGCCCUGGAGGAACUGGAAAAGGAGACCAAGCUCCGCAAGCAGCUGGAAGCCGACAAAGCCGCACUGCAGGAGGAAAAGAAUAAUCUUCUGACGACUCUGGAGUCAACCAAAGGCAACGUGUCUGACUUCCUUGACAAGCAAGCCAAGCUGCAAAGCCAGAAGGCUGAUCUGGAAGCUCAAGUCAAUGAGCUCAGCAGUCGCCUGCAAGCCGAGGAGGAUGCCCGCAACAACCUCUUCCAAGGAAAGAAGAAGACUGAGCAAGAAAUUAAUAAUCUCAAGAAGGACGUUGAAGACAUGGAGCUGGUUAUCCAGAGGGCUGAUUCAGAGCGCGCCACAAAAGAUCAUCAGAUCCACAACUUGAACGAGGAAAUUGCCCACCAGGAGGAGCUUAUCAACAAACUCAUGAAGGAAAAGAAGCACCUGCAGGAGUGUAACCAAAAGACAGCCGAGGACCUCCAGAAUGUUGAGGACAAGUGCAACCACCUUAAUAAAGUGAAGGGUAAGCUGGAGCAGACCCUGGACGAGUUGGAAGACUCUCUGGAGCGCGAGAAGAAGAUGCGCUUCGAAAUUGAAAAGAACAAGAGGAAGGGUGAGGGAGACUUGAGACUGACUCAAGAAGCCGUUGCUGACUUGGAAAGGAACCACAAGGAGCUCGAGCAGAGCAUUCAGCGAAAGGACAAAGAGAUUAGCAGCAUUGCUGGCAAGCUAGAGGAGGAGCAGAUCCUUGUUUCUAGAACUCAGAAGCAGGUUAAGGAACUCCAGGCCCGUAUUGAGGAACUGGAGCAGGAGGUCGAACAUGAGCGUCAGUCCCGAGCAAAGGCUGAAAAAUCUAAGGCUAAUCUCAGCCGCGAGCUGGGAGAAUUGAGUGACCGCCUGGAGGAAGCUGGAGGAGCCACUGCUGCCCAGAUCGAGCUGAACAAGAAGCGCGAGGCUGAGCUGGCGAAGCUCCGCCGCGACCUCGAGGAGACCAACAUCCAACAAGAGGCUGCUCUCGCUAAUCUGCGCAAGAAGCACAACGAUGCCAUCACUGAGAUGUCUGAUCAGAUCGACCACCUGAACAAGAUGAAGGCCAGAGCUGAGAAGGACAAGGAGGCCAUGAAGCGCGAGGCUGAUGACGCUAAGGCUGCCAUGGACGCUCUCACUCGUGACAAGGCCAAUGCUGAAAAGACUGUGAAGCAGCAGCAGCAUGUCAUCAAUGAAUACCAGAACAAGAUGGACGAGGCCAACAGGACCCUCAACGAUAUGGAUGCUGCCAAGAAGAAGUUGGGAGCCGAGAACACCGACCUCCUGCGCCAGGUGGAGGAAGCUGAAAGCCAAAUGAACCAACUUUCCAAGAUCAAGUUAUCUCUUACCAACCAGCUUGAGGACCAGAGGAAACUCGCUGAUGACGAAAGCAGGGAACGUGCCACUCUCCUGGGCAAAUACCGCAACCUGGAACACGACAUUGAUGGUCUCAGAGAACAGCUGGAAGAGGAAAGCGAGGCCAAGGCUGAUGCUCAGCGUCAGCUCGCUAAGGCUUCUGCUGACGCUCAAAUGUGGCGUUCCAAGUACGAGACUGAAGGCAUCGCUCGUGUGGAGGAGCUGGAGGGCAUCCGCAUGAAACUUGCCGCCCGUCUGGAAGAGGCUGAGGAACAGAUCGAGCAGCUUAAUGUGAAGAACCUUAACCUCGAGAAGACCAAGCAACGUAUUGCCACUGAGCUUGAAGACAUGCAGAUCGAGGUAGAGCGUGCCCAAGCUCUAGUGAAUGCUGCUGAGAAGAAGCAGAAGAACUUCGACAGAAUAAUCUCAGAAUGGAAGAUGAAGGUCGAUGAUCUGGCUGCCGAACUUGAUGCCUCACAGAAGGAAUGCCGCAACUAUGCCAGCGAACACUUCCGCAUCAAGGCUGCUUAUGAGGAGAACCUGGAGCAGCUGGAUGCUGUUCGCCGAGAGAAUAAGAAUCUCUCCGAUGAGAUUAAGGACCUUAUGGACCAGAUUGGUGAGGGUGGUCGAACCCUGCACGAAGUCCAGAAACAAGCCAAGCGUCUUGAAACUGAAAAGGAGGAGUUGCAGGCUGCCCUGGAGGAGGCUGAGGCAGCCCUAGAGCAGGAGGAGAACAAGGUUCUCCGUGCCCAGCUGGAGCUCAGCCAGGUCAGGCAGGAGAUCGAUCGCCGCAUCCAGGAGAAGGAAGAGGAGUUCGAGAACACUCGCAAGUGCCACCAGAGAGCUAUUGACUCCAUGCAAGCUUCCCUGGAGGCCGAGGCCAAGGCUAAGGCUGAGGCCCUUCGCCUGAAGAAGAAACUGGAGUCUGACAUCAACGAACUGGAGAUCGCUCUUGACCAUUCUAACAAGGCCAACGCUGACCUGCAGAAACAGAUCAAGAAGCAGAUUGGUGACAUCAAGGAUCUUCAGAUCCGUGUCGAGGAAGAGCAGCGCAUUGCAUCUGAAUAUCGUGAUCAGUUUGGUAUUGCUGAACGCCGCGCAAAUGCUCUUAAUGCUGAGCUUGAAGAAUCUCGCACUCUCCUGGAACAAUCAGACCGCGGCCGUCGCCAAGCUGAAUCUGACCUUGCUGAGGCCAACGAAACUGUGGCUGACCUUAAUGCCCAGAAUAACUCCCUUGGUGCAGCCAAGAGGAAGGUGGAAGGCGAAUUGCAGACGUUGCAUGCUGACCUGGAGGAGAUGCUGAACGAAGCCAAGAACUCCGAGGAGAAAGCCAAGAAAGCCAUGGUGGAUGCCGCCCGUCUGGCCGAUGAACUGCGCGCUGAACAAGAACACGCCCAGAACCAGGAGAAGAUGCGCAAGGCCCUGGAAGUUUCAGUGAAGGAGCUCCAGAUCCGCUUGGAGGAGGUUGAGACCAACGCCAUCAAGAACAUGAAGAAGGCCGUUGCCAAGCUAGAGAGCCGCACCCGCGAACUCGAGACUCAACUGGACGAUGAGUCCCGCCGCCACUCUGACGCCCAGAAGAACCUGAGGAAGUGUGAGAGGCGCAUCAAGGAGCUCACCUUCCAGGCCGACGAGGACAAGAAGAACCACGAGAGGAUGCAGGACCUUGUCGAUGCCCUCCAACAGAAGGUCAAGACUUACAAGAGGCAGAUCGAGGAGGCUGAGGAGAUCGCUGCCCUCAACCUGGCUAAGUUCCGCAAGGCCCAGCAAGAACUCGAGGAAGCCGAAGCUCGCGCAUAAUCGAAAGUCGAGAUGCAGCAACGCCGAUACUUGAAAACUCUGAAGAACAGUACAAAAAUUCCUGCAGUUGCCGUCUGAAUUUACACCAUAAUACCAAAAGAGUUAUUUUUUUUCUUUAUAUUUCUAUAAUCCUAAGUUCACCAUACUCUUACAUCGUAGCACAGAUCGCAUGGAUCGCACUUACCCUUUGAUGACAUAUCAUGAUAUCAUGUUCGUAGGAACUGGCGGCGAAAAUUACGACCAAAAUAUCCUUUUUUUUUUAUUAUUUCACUGUUUUCUAUAGAUCUAUCUCAUACCCAUCAAAGAUCAUGAUACCAAUAAUUAGGGUAUUAGAAAUGCGAAGUUAUUAAUAAACAAAAUCUUCUAAGA